GGGACCCAUUUCGAAACAAAACGAACUUUCCAUUCCUCAUACAAUUCCGUUCCAUUCCACUGAUCUCACUUUUUCUUUUUUUCUUACUUACUUUCUGGGGGAAAUAAAACUCAUCAUCUUCUUCUCUCUUACGCUUUCCUUUUCCAGUUCCACUCAGACAUAACUACACAAAUAAAGCUAUAAAGCUUAUUUAUUUACAUAAAUAGAUGAAUAAAGUUAUUACUAUUAUUACUUCAAUCAGAAAUUAAAUUAUAAAAGCAAAAAAUAUCCCCCCAAAAAAGGAUAAAGAUUAACAACCAAAAAAAAAAAGCUUUCAAAUGCUUUGAUUGAUUCUUAAAUUCAGCAAUGGAAUUCGCUGUUUUUAUUCUCUGCUUUUCUUUUUCUUUCUCAAAUAUUCAAAGUGGUGUGGUGGAGAGGUUUUUGAGAGAAGAGAGCAAGCAUGGGGAGUAGGGAUAAGCACCGGGGGAAGAGAUUGCAGAAGAUAAUGAAGUGCUUUUGCUCAGGGGAUAUGGUUAAAGAAGAAGAAACAAUGGUUCCUAAUUCGUCAGAAUCUCUUGCAACUAAGGAUUAUUUUUCUUCAACGGCAAGUGGGAUUUCUGGCCAAGAUGGACAAGUUGAGAGGAGGCUGGAUUCUGGUAACAUAGAACAAGCUGAAUCGUCGUUGCGUGAGAGUGGUAUCUUGAACUAUGAGGAAGCUAGAGCUUUGUUAGGGAGAUAUGAAUAUCAGGAAGGAAAUAUAGAAGCCGCUUUGCAUGUUUUUGAAGGCAUAAACAUAGCUGCUUUGACUCCUAAGAUAAAAGUUUUCCUUGCCAAAAGCACAGAACGCCCCAAGAGACGCUCUCAGAAUUACACUACUCCACCAAUGUCUAUACAUACAGCUGGAUUACUAUUAGAGGCGAUCUUUCUAAAGGCAAAAUGUUUGCAGGUUCUUGCAAGGUUUGAAGAAUCCGCCCAAACAUGCAAAAUUAUUCUGGACUUGAUUGAGUCUUCUUUACCGGAAGGCUUACCUGGAAACUUUGGUUCCGAAUGUAAAUUGCAGGAGACUCUAAGUAAGGCAGUUGAGCUACUUCCGGAAUUAUGGAAACUUGCUGAUUGUCCACGUGAAGUUAUUUUGUCUUAUCGGAAUGCACUCCUUCAUCGAUGGAAUCUUGAUGCAGGUACCACAGCAAAAAUUCAGAAAGAAUUUGCCAUUUUUCUUCUAUAUAGUGGAGGGGAAGAAAUUCCCUCAGAUCUUCGUUCCCAUAUGGACAGUUCAUUUGUACCAAGAAAUAACAUUGAAGAGGCUAUACUUCUUUUAAUGAUUUUGCAAAGAAAAAUCGCUCUAAAUAAAAUUGAGUCGGAUCCUUCAAUAAUGGAGCACCUUUCAUUUUCUCUAUCGGUUUCCGGGGAUCUGACAGCUUUAGCCAACCAAUGGGAAGAGUUACUCCCUGUUACUAUCAAUCGAAGAGAAAGGUACCAUGCCCUUGCUCUUUGUUAUUAUGGAGCAAAUAAGGACUUGGUGGCACUUAAUCUUCUUAAAAAGUUGUUGAGUAGCAGUGAGGAUCCAAAACAUGUUCCUGCUUUGUUAAUGGCUUCUAAGAUAUGUUGUGAGAACCCUGACCUUGCAAAAGAUGGGGUUAGCUAUGCUUGCAGAGCGCGUGAGAACUUGUUUGAAAAAUGUAAUCAGUUGGAAAGUCUAGCCAAUUGCUUACUUGGUGUUUCGCUUUCAACAUACUCAAAAUUUGCUGUUUCUAACUCUGAGAGGUUUGAGAGACAAUCUGAGGCACUUCAUUCACUAGAAACUGCAAGCACUAUGACCAAAAUGAAGGAACCUCUUAUACUUUACUAUUUAAGUUUAGAAUGUGCAGAGCAAAGGAAGUUGGAUUCUGCACUUUGUUAUGCAGAACGCUUUCUAAGUUUAGAAGCUGGGUCUAAUAUUAGAGGCUGGUUAUUGUUAGCCCGAAUAUUAUCAGCACAAAAACAGUUUUUGGAUGCUGAAGGUAUUGUAGAUGCUGCUUUGGAUCGGACUGGAAUAUGGGAUCAAGGAGAUUUGUUGCGAACAAAAGCUAAACUGCAAAUUGCACAGGAGAAGUUGCCAAGUGCUAUUGAGACGUAUACUCAGCUUCUUGGUAUUCUUCUGGUUCAGAGAAAAACUUUUGGGUCAAGAACGAAGCUAUAUAAGGACAACAGAGAUCAUGCUAGGAACUUGGAAGUGGAAAUAUGGCAUGAUCUUGCUUAUAUAUACAUACGUCUAUCGCGGUGGCAUGAUGCAGAAGCGUGUCUUUCAAAAUCUAAGGCCAUCAAACUACACUCUGCUUCUAGAUGUCAUGUAAUAGGUACUAUGCUCGAAGCCAAGGGUCUUUACAAAGAGGCUCUUAAAGCUUUUCGUGAUGCUUUGGACCUUGAUCCCGGACAUAUCCCUAGCUUGAUCUCAACCGCUGUGGUUCUUAGACGGGACGGUACUCAAUCAAAUCCUGCUAUUAGAAGCUAUCUGAUGGAAGCACUACGGCUUAACAGCUCUAAUGCUUCUGCUUGGUAUCAUCUUGGUAUUCUUCACAAGGCUGAAGGUAGAAUGUCAGAAGCUGCCGAAUGUUUUCAAGAAGCAAACUCUCUUGAAGAAUCAGAACCAGUGGAACCUUUCAGAUGACAAACUCUACAUCUACAAUUUACUUAUAUGAUACCAUCUCAUGCUUGAUUAUUCAUACAUAAUUUUCAUAUGCUCUUGACGUCGAUAUACAUCAAUAAGAAAGGCAUGAUCUACGAUUUAGUUAGCUUUCUGCGGCUGUGAGCUGUUGUCCUUCACAUUUGGAUUGUUGCUCAAGGUUGAUACGGAUUUUUUUUUUGAGUGGAAGGUUGACAUGGACAUAAUAUUAUUUUAGAUUUUAUUCAUUCAUUCAUGUAUUUAUGUAUACUUUUCUUCUUUUUCCUUGUAUUAAUUUUAUUCUUUAAAAAGUGGAAGAGCCGGAGGAUAUUUGAUGUCAAUUAGGAUGUGAUUUUUGAUCUA